GGCACCAAGUUCCUCCACCUUCUUCUCAUCCUCGCCACCACAUCAUGUCCACACAAACCCAAACGAAGGGCAAAACCCUCCUCGUGACGGUUGGGAGCACCCAGUUCGCCGAGCUCUCCGAUGCCGUGCUGGCUGAGUCCACGAUUGCUGCUCUCCGCGCCGCUGGCGUGAGCACGCUCAUUGUGCAGCUCGGAUUCGCACCUAUCCCGGCGCACGUUGCCGCCGUCGUGGGCCGCGAGGGCGGGAAGGGAGAGGUUGGGGGGCUGCGCGUCGAGGUCAUGCGGUACACUGGCUCGCCGGGGGAAAUGGACGCGCUGAUGCGCUCGGCGGACGGCGUGGUCAGCCAUGCAGGCUCCGGGUCCAUCCUUGCUGCACUCCGCAUGCCUCGCCCGCUGCUUGUAGUGCCGAAUGACGCGCUCAUGGACGACCAUCAACAGGAGCUGGCUGAGGCGCUAAAGGAGGGCGGGUAUCUCUCAGUUUCCGAUGUUGAUCAACUUGCCGCGGGCGUGCAGGAAAUGUUUGGGACGCAGCACAAGCCGUUCCCGCCAGCCAAGCCGGAGCGCUUUGCGGCCAUUCUCGAUGAAACGGCGGGCUUCGUGUAGCAGCCUCAGCCUGGGAGCUGACUUGUUUUUCUUGGGAGAAAUGAGCUGCAGCCAUCGUGUAGUACAAUUAAGAUGUAGCAUCAGUUGCACCGUCUAUGCUGGAAGGAUGCACACGCAGCAGAGACAUGU